AUGAAGAACAGUGUUGGGCAGUUUCUCUCCAUGAAUUCAUUCUUAUCUACUAGUCGCGACCGUUCAACUGCUCUCCAUUUUUCUCGACUAACUCCAGUUAUAAAUGGUCUCGAACGCAUUAUCUUUGAUAUUGAAAUUGAUCCACGUUUACAAACUAAAGCAUUUGCAGAUAUAACUCAGAGCAGUUAUUUUCAAAAUGAAGAUGAAAUAUUGAUCAUUCUUGGCGCACUAUUUCGUAUCGAGAAGGUUACUGAAGAUAAGAAGGAUCGAUUGUGGGUGGCUCGUUUGUCUUUGGCUAGUGAAGAUGAUUUUCAUUUAAAAGAAACAUUUGCUUACAUGAAAGACACAAUUGGAGAUGAUACUGAUCUGGAUUCACUAGGGAAAAUCUUGCUUGAGAUGGGCGAAUAUGAUCAAUCUCAGAAAUGUUAUGAACGUAUGCUGCAUGAUUUGCAAGUGAAAAUGGGCGACUGUCAUAUGGGUUUUGGCAAAACACACUUCUAUAAAAAACAAGAUGAACCAGCAAUAGUUCAUUUAGAGCAAGCAAUGAAAGUACGAGAAGAAGUACAAGGUUCGAAGCAUACCAGUGUUGGAGAAGUGUAUAAUUUUAUUGGAGCUCUACAAUGGUAUAGUCGAGAAGAUUAUGAUGGGGCAUUGGUCAAUCUAAAGAAGGCGGUAACAGUUCUGGAAGAAGCAAAGCCAUGUGAUUUCAUACUGCUGUCAAGAGCUUACGGUAAUAUGGGAGCUACAUACCACUGUAUGCGUAAACAUUCAUUAGCAUUGGAAUAUUACAAUAAAUGUCUUACGAUCCAACAGUGUAACCUACCGGCAAAUCAUCCGCGAAUAGCUAUGACAUAUAAUAAUUUGGGAACCUUGUACCACGCUAUUUCAAACGAUGAAGAAGCACUGAAGUCUUAUCAGAAAUCACUGUCUAUUAAUCGAAAAAUUUUACCACCUGCUCAUGAAGACAUUGUCCGAACUGAGAAUAAUAUUCGUGACCUAGAAAAUUUCAUGAAAAAAUAA